AUGAGUAGCACGCAGAACAGUUACAAAGUUGUCGUUGUUGGCUCAUCUGGUGUCGGCAAGACAGCUAUUGUUCAACGUUUAGUUGAUGGAACCUUCUCUGAUGAAGGUCAAAGUACAGUUGGUGUUGAAUUUAAAUCUCAUUCUGUUACCUUUGAUGAUGAAGUUAUGAAACUUUCAAUUUGGGAUACAGCAGGUCAAGAAAGAUUCCGUUCCGUAUCAAAGGCAUACUUUAGAAACGCCGUUGGAGCUAUUCUCGUUUUUAGUUUAGAUGAUGCACAAUCUUUCAGUGAGCUUGAUGGCUGGCUUAACGACCUUCAUGCUCUAUCAACACCAAACGCUGUUAUACUUCUUGUUGGCAACAAAGCAGAUAUCGCUGAUAAAGUAGUUACAACAGCAGAAGCAGAAGCAUUCUCAAAGAGACAUGGACUUGAAUACUUAGAAACAUCCGCAAAAGAUGGUGUUAACAUUAACGAUACAUUUGUACGCUUAGCUCGUGCUAUUAAUGAGAAAGUUAAGAAAGGCGAACUCCGCGGAACAUUCCAGGCUCCAUCAACUUCACCAAUUGGUCCAAGACCAGUUCAAGCUACACCAUCUCAAGGUGGCUGCAACUGCUAA